ACCUAAUUAUCAGCUCUCGCAAGUCGCAACAUAUGUAUUUCUUCAUUGAUUUUCCUCUUAUAUAUUCGUCUCACGCUGCUCAGGUCGUCGUAAAGCUCUGAUCUUUAAGUGAGUACAGGAGCGAUGAAGCAACGCAAAAACAACAAUGUUUCCAUUUUUGUUAUAGUUUUAUCUGUGUUUUUGUUUGGGAUUUUUAUGUACAAUGAGGACGUGAAGUCCAUUGCGGAGUUCCCGUUUUCGAGCCCCAAAGCUAGCGAAAUCCAAGAGCAGCAAUCCCAAAAAGGCAGUCCAGUCCAAGAAUCUAUCAAGAGCGAGAAAGAAAACGAGGUCACGUCGUUGAACUUUCAAGCUUUAACUGAAGAAACAACAAAGAAAACUGACCAUGACAUGAAAACCAUAGUUGUGAAAGAUGAUGAUGAAGAAAAGAUAGAAAAGAAGAAAGAAGAAGAAAAGAUUGAGACAUCUGUUGCAGUCGUUGAAGAAGAUGAGGUCGUCGAAUUGCCUCCGGAAGGCUGUGAUCUCUACACUGGACAAUGGGUUUUCGACAACGUAACGCAUCCUUUAUACAAAGAAGACGAGUGUGAGUUUCUUACGGCACAAGUUACUUGCAUGAGGAAUGGAAGAAAGGAUUCUUUGUAUCAGAAUUGGAGAUGGCAACCUAGAGAUUGUAAUCUUCCCAGGUUCAAACCAAGAUUAUUGCUUGAGAAGCUGAGGAACAAAAGGCUUAUGUUUGUUGGAGACUCACUAAACAGAAAUCAAUGGGAAUCCAUGAUUUGUCUGGUUCAAUCUGCUGUCCCUGCAGGAAGGAAGAGCUUGAACAAAACAGGGUCUCUAUCUGUGUUCAGAAUCGAGGACUACAAUGCGACGGUAGAGUUCUAUUGGGCUCCUUUUCUGGUUCAAUCAAAUUCUGACGACCCAACACGACACAGCAUCUUGGAUCGUAUAAUCAUGCCUGAAUCAAUCAACAAACAUGGCAAGAACUGGAAAGAUGUGGACUAUUUGGUCUUCAACACAUAUAUCUGGUGGAUGAACACUUUCACUAUGAAAGUCUUACGAAGCUCGUUCGAUCGAGGGGAUACAGAAUACGACGAGAUUGACCGGCUUGUGGCCUAUAAAAGAGUGUUGAAAACAUGGUCUAAAUGGAUUGAGAAAAAUGUGAAUCCAAAUCGAACCACUGUCUUCUUCAACAGCAUGUCCCCUCUUCAUAUCAAGAGCUUGGAUUGGAACAAUCCAGAUGGGAUCAGAUGCGCCCUGGAAACCACCCCAAUUCUCAACCAGUCAAUGUACCUAGAUGUGGGCACUGACCAAAGGCUAUUUGUCAUUGCCGACAACUUAACUCAAAGAAUGAAAGUUAAGGUUCAUUUUAUUGACAUUACGAGGCUAUCCGAAUACAGAAAAUAUGCACAUACCUCGGUCUAUACCAUCCGUCAAGGCAAAAUGCUUACCCCAGAACAGAAAGCUGAUCCGGCCACUUUUGCAGAUUGUAUCCACUGGUGCCUUCCAGGAUUACCAGACAUUUGGAAUGAAUUCCUUUACACACGCAUCAUUGCUAACUUGUGACACAUAGACAUAAUUCGCAUUAUCUGUUCAGGUUUUUCUUUUCUUGGGGAGGGGGAGUGUUUCCAUUGCCUCGGUCAUAUGGACCAUCAAAAAAUUUUGAUUUUGUCCUUUGUUUGAUAUAAUGGGGACUUGAGGUGGGGGAGCCAGGAAUGCAAAUUUAUCAUUCACCAAGCAUAACUGGGAUUAAGCCAAUGCACAAAAUUGUACAGUGCCAUAUGUUGUAAACUUUGAAAGAGAAUAAAGGUGUUUAUACAAGUACUUUUUUCUUU